AUGAUUUUAACAAUUCCUCUUACAGAGGCAUCCACUGAAAAUGUGACGAGCGCCUGGGUCCUUGUCCUCAAUUCCGAGGCCCUGCAACGCCAUUCGUUGGCGGCACAACGCCGCGGGGUUCCCUCCUAUACUACGGUAGAAUCCAUUAUGAGCGUACUAAAGACCUCGUUUGAUCCUGAACCGCACCCGUUGUUUGUGGACCAGGUGUACUCCGCGCUCCGUCUCGCCUUCGAGAGGGCUGAUGAAAAGCGCAGCCCACUCUACCCGUAUCUGCGACUCCUUGCCCCAUUUGAUGAUGAAUUUAUUCGUGAGAUACACCGUGGUGUCUUGGAUUCGCAGACGCACCUCGAGUACAGCGACCACGGUGGGCGUUUCUCGCACUGCUUGCGGCAGAUUCGUCGGAAGUGGUUGGAUGAGUACGAGGUGGUGCGAAUGAUUGAGACAUCGUGCGGCUUGUUCCUUGCAACUGCAUCCCCUGAUAAAAAAAGGUGCUUCGAAAACCCAACAACGCCCUCGCACGAGGAGGAGGUCACACAUCGACAAUCGCCACCUUCCAUGGAGGAUUGGACGUGGGCCUGUCGUCUUGUCUUGUCACGUCAGCGCCUUCUUCCCCUACGACAUAACGUGGAACCGUUUGAGCGUGUGUGUACGGAGCGCAAACGGAUGCAAGCAGAGGAGGAUGCAUGGGCACACCUUGUCAACAACGUGCGGUGGACACUUUUGGACCGCGUCUUUGGCGUAGUGGAGCACAAACGAGCCGUGGCGAACGACUUUGAUCCCCGCGCCAUCGCGUCGGUGGUGCCAGUGCUGGACAUGCUGCAGUAUCCCCGGGUGGGAUGGCCAACACUGAGGUGA